AUGGAGAAGACAACCAUCACAGCAACUAACUGCAAGAAACCAUCACAACUAUCUGUUGGUGGCCGCAAGAAAUCCGGACCUAAAUUUGAACUUUCAGAAGAACAAAAAGCUGAUAUCAAAGAAGCAUUUGAUUUAUUCGAUACAGAAUCGACUGGUUAUAUUGAAGUAAAAGAGCUAAAAGUAGCAAUAAGGGCUUUGGGUUUUGAACCAAAAAAGGAGGAAAUUAAACGUAUGAUAACUGAAAUUGGUAAAGAUUGCGGUGGUAGACUUACUUUUGCGGACUUUUUACAACUUAUGACAAUGAAAAUGGCAGAGAAGGACACUAAAGAGGAAAUCUUAAAGGCGUUUCGUCUAUUCGAUGAUGAUGAGACUGGGAAAAUUUCGUUUAGAAAUUUAAAACGAGUUGCUCGUGAACUAGGAGAAAACCUCACAGAUGAAGAAUUACGUGAAAUGAUCGACGAAGCUGAUUUGGAUAACGACGGUGAAGUAAGCCAGGAAGAGUUUCUGAGAAUAAUGAAGAAAACUAGUUUGUAUUGA